CAUCCAUCCCACCAUCACCUACGGACCAUGGAUAGGUCUAAUACACGCUACACGCUGCUGCUGCUGCUGCUGCUGCUGCUUCUCGUAAAGUCUACAAUGCGAUACAAUCCAAUGUUGGUGGAUCUCUAUUUUCCCUUUUCUUUUCUUUUCUUUUUCUUCUUAUUCUCUUCCCCCCCUUUUUUUUCUCUUUCUGCUAUGCCCCUUAUAUAUAGGUAGGUAGGCAUAUA